GCAGACAAGACAGGAUGUCUGUGACUGACUAGAUACAUUGUAAUCUGGACCGGGCCAGAAGAGAACUCUUCCAGGUCAUGGGUCACUGCUUUGCCUCACUUCCAAAGGCUUGGACUCAGUCAGACUCUGCAGGAGCAUGAGCACCAUUCCCAGUAUGGACGCUCAAGACAUCACCGACUCGUCCCAUCUGGGAAUUGUUGAGGUUGGACAGGAAAGAAAUGGAGCAAGUGUGUGGAUAUUCCUGCAGGGUGUGGAAGGAAGUCAGGAGAAAGAGGGUGGACAGGGAGGCCCCGUGUUGGGGGCCACAGCAGGAGGAGAAGGUGUAAAAGAAGAAUUGAGAGAUGAAGUUCCUUCUGGCAGUGCAGCCCUUGAGGAUGGCAGGAAUCAUGGUGGCGGGAGCAGCAGCAAUAGCCAACAAGAGGAGCCGAUCCCUGGGAGCACAAAAGGCUAUCAGGCUCUCCCGCGUCCAGCAGGCCAGCGGAACCACGUCCGCCACAGGUUCACUGCGUUCCAGCUGCAGGAGCUGGAGCGCAUUUUUGAACGCAAUCACUACCCUAGUGCUGAAGCAAGAAGGGAGCUCGCAAGAUGGCUAGGUGUAACGGAAUCCAGAGUGCAGAAUUGGUUUAAAAGCAGGAGAGCCAAAUACAGGAAAUACCUGAAGAUGUAAGUGCUCUGAGGGUCUCCUCGUGCUGCCCGCUGUACCUUUCACUGAAGAUUGAGGAGGAGCCCCAGAAAACCACGCUUGCCCAGGAGUCAGAAGUACAUGGGUUUCUGCUGCUAGCAAUGCAUUAUUUGACCCCCCUUUCUAUCUUACCCUUAUCUCUUCAGCGCUUUUAUUUGCAAUAAAGUAGUGAAAUCG